GAAAAACAGUUGAUCGUAGAAACUAGAAAGGCCUCCUCUGCCUAAUAUUCAAGUUUCGCGGGCGGUAAUGCCCCAACCCAAAUUCGAAUCUCUCUCUCUCUCUCUCUCUCUCUCUCUCUCUCUCUCUCUCCAUGGUGAUUGCUCCACACGAUAGGUGCACAGAGAGCCUGUAAUCGGUAAGAUAAUCAGCACCGAUGUUGCUCCAAUGGAUUGAUUAGUCAUUAGAGAGUUGGCCUGUUUCAGAUUGUUAGCAUGGCACCUCCAAGAAAAUCCAGAAGUGUGAAUAAGCGGUUUUCAAAUGUUAAUGAGGAGUCUCCUGAUAAGGAUGGAGGAAAUGUGAACAAAAGUAGGCAACGGAAGAGGACAUUGUCUGACAUGUUAGGGCCUCAAUGGAGUAGGGAAGAACUCAUCCGUUUCUAUGAGGCGUACAGGAAAUAUGGAAAAGACUGGAAGAAGGUUGCUGGUGUAGUACUGAAUAGAUCUGUAGAGAUGGUAGAAGCCCUUUACAAUAUAAACAGGGCAUACUUAUCCCUUCCAGAAGGAAUGGCAUCUGUGGUUGGACUGAUAGCAAUGAUGACCGAUCACUACAAUGUUUUGGAAGGGAGUGAUAGUGAACGAGAAAGCAAUGAUGCAUCAGAAAUAUCUCGAAAGCCUCAAAAGCGUGGUCGGGGAAAAGUUCAAACUAAUGUUGCGAAAGGAUUGGAUGGAUAUUUUCCAGAUUUAUUGAAUUGCCAAUCUGGUGGAUCAAGUUAUGGGUGCUUAUCAUUAUUGAAGAAGAAACGCUCCGGUGGUAGCCGACCUCAUGCUGUUGGAAAAAGAACACCUCGCUUCCCUGUUUUAUAUUCAUUUGGUAAGGACAGGGAAAGGUAUUUAUCAUCAAAUAAACCAGGUAUGAAGCUAGAUGUAGAUGCUUAUGAUGAUGAAGUUGCCCAUGAGGUAGCAUUAGCAUUGGCAGAGGCUUCACAAAAAGGGGGAUCUCCUCAUGUUUCUCAUACACCAAACAGGACAGCAGAAUCAACGGGUCCUUCAUCUGUUCAUAAUGGUGAAAGGAUGCAUGCUGAUUCAGAGAUGACUAGUGCCAAGCUCACUGGUGCUGCAAUGGAUGAAGAUGGUUUGGAAGGUAGUUUAGGAAGCAGGGAAGCUGAAAACAGAGACUUUGCCAAAGAUUCAGGUUAUUUGAUGGACACAGAAGGUGUUGGUACAGUAGAAAUUCAACGGAAGAGGAAGAGGUUUCAUGGAAAGAAACCGAAAUUUGAAGAAGUUGAGACCAACCAUUUUGAUGAUGUUAGGGAAGCAUGUAGUGGCACUGAAGAAGGGCUUACCUUGAGUACUGCCAAAGGAAAAGUCGAAAAUGAAGUUACAGAUGCUAAAAUUGGGAGAUUCUCUCCUCAGGGUCCAAGGAAAAGAAGCAGACAACUUUUUUUUGGUGAUGAAAACUCAGCCUUGGAUGCACUGCAAACUCUGGCAGAUUUAUCUUUGAUGAUGCCAUCAUCUACAAUGGAAUCUGAGUCAUCUGUGCAAUUUAAGGAAGAAAAGAGAACUUCUGACAUUGGUGAUUCCAGACCUAAAAUUUCAACAGCUGAGGAGAAAGCUCAUCAGUCAAUGGCUUGUGUUGAAGAUGCCGGUCUAAAAGGUGCCAAACUGGGAAGAGAUUCAGCUGUUGAUGUUAGUACACUUUCCGAAGCAAAGCAGCAAUCUACCCCUAAGAUGAAAAGUAGACAAAGAAAGUUAUUGGCAUCAAAAUUGCAGGUUGCAAAAUCUGAAACUCACAAUGAUCCUUAUCUCAGUGAAGCUCAUAAAACUGAGGUCUCAGCUGAAGAAGAGAAGAAACCCAUGACAAAAGGUAAACGUACUAAUCAAGUUAAUAUGUUGCCAAAACAAAGGAAAUCAGUUAAAACUUUAGAACGUUCUUCUUCAAGUACCAAUCAGCAAGGAGGGAAUGAUUCAGCUGUAUCAACUAUAGAGGUUGCUCCUGUAAACCAAGUUAGUUUACCCACCAAGCUCAGGAGUAGGCGUAAGAUAUGUAUACCAAAGGCAUUGAUCCCAAAGGAGUUGAGAUCUUCUGAGAGUUCUGGAAAUGACCAAUUGAAUAGAUACGCUUCCUCACUCCAUGACAAGGCACUUGAUCUGAAGGAAACACUUUCUCAUUGUCUGUCAUCUCCAAUGCUGCGUAGGUGGUGUGCUUUUGAGUGGUUCUAUAGUGCAAUCGAUUACCCAUGGUUUGCUAAACGGGAGUUUGUUGAAUACUUGAAUCAUGUUGGCUUAGGCCACAUUCCAAGGCUAACUCGUGUUGAGUGGGGUGUCAUAAGGAGUUCCCUUGGAAAACCUCGGAGGUUAUCUGAACAAUUUUUAAGGGAAGAAAAGGAGAAACUAGAACAAUAUCGUGAAUCUGUUUGGAAACAUUAUGCAGAACUCCGUGCUGGUACUAGGGAAGGCUUGCCUACAGAUCUAGCACGGCCUUUAUCAGUUGGACAGCGUGUCAUUUCAUCUCAUCCCAAGACAUGUGAGAUUCAUGAUGGUAGUGUACUGACAGUUGACCGCAAUAGAUGCAGAGUUCAAUUUGAUCGGCCUGAACUAGGGGUUGAGUUUGUUAUGGAUAUUGACUGCAUGCCUUUAAACCCAAUGGAAAACAUGCCCAAAGUUCUCCAAAGACAGAAUGCAGGAGUUGAUAAACUCUGUGAGAAUAUUAACGAGCCCAAGGUGAAUCUACCCAAAGAUUGGAAAAGUGGAGGUUGCAUGAAGUUUACUCCAAGUGAGAAUCUAGAGAUGGCAGAUGGAUCUUCUCAGAUUUCUUCAACUUGUCCCCUGAACACAUUGUUAACACAGGAAAAGGGGGACACAAUCAAUUCCAUUUUGCUAGCUAAAGCAGCAACCAGUGAAAUUGUCAAUUCACAACAAGCCACAUACACACAACCAUGUACUCUGGCACAAAUACAAGCAAAGGAGGCUGAUAUACGGGCUCUUUCUGAGCUAACUCGUGCUCUUGAUAAAAAGGAAGCACUGUUGUUGGAGCUGACACACAUGAAUGAUGAAGUAUUGGAAAACCAGAAAGAUGGAGAGAACUCUCUCAAAGAUUCUGAGCCUUUCAAGAAGCAAUAUGCCACAGUUCUUGUACAGCUACAGGAAGCCAAUGAUCAGGUUUCUUCUGCUCUGCUUUAUUUGAGGCAACGGAAUACCCACCAAGGAAAUUCUCCACCAGCAUGGAAUAAGAUAAUACCCAAUUCAAGUGGCCCUUCUGGAUCAAGCUCCUUUGAACACACUGCUUUUUUUGUUCAAGAAUCUGGAUCUCAUGUAGCCAAAAUUAUUGAGAGUUCAAGGUUGAAAGCAGAGGCAAUGGUGCAUGCAGCUAUGCAGGUUAUGUCCUCAUUGAAGGAAGGGGAAGAUGCUUUUGCAAGGAUUGGAGAGGCUUUAGAUGCUGCAAGUAAUCGGUAUUUUGGAACUGAUUCUGUUGCAUCAACUGUUAGAGAUCCUGUAAAUGGGAGUUUGGCUUGUGAGGAUCAGUCAAAUUCCAGCACAUUAGAGCCAACAACAAGAGUUCCUGUAUCUGGUCAGAAGUCAAACACUACUGACCCAAGUGAAGCACAAAUACCUUUGGAGUUGAUCUCAUCUUGUGUUUCUACAUUGCUCAUGAUUCAGGCAUGCACAGAGCGGCAGUAUCCACCAGCUGAAGUGGCCCAGAUAAUAGAUUAUGCUGUUAAAAGCUUGCAGCCAUGUUGUUCUCAGAAUCUUCCCAUUUAUGGAGAAAUUCGGAAGUGCAUGUCAAUUGUAAGAAACCAGAUAUUGGCACUUGUACCAACAUAGACUCAACCACCGUACAGUAGUGUCUACUGUGUAUAUUACAAUCAUGCUAAGUGAAAAAAUUUUGUCGUCUAAA